AUGGAUCACAAUUUCGUCCACCACCCCGCCGACCACCCAGACCCCGUCGCCACCCAUCCCCCUUCCUUCCCCCUUCUUUCUUCUUCUUCCUCCUUCUUCCACCCUCCACCGCCACUGCCCCCCUCCACAAUCACCACCACCGCGCCGCCGUCACCGCCUAGCGCCACCCACGCCCCCUUCCUUCCCCUAUCCCCCCCAUACCCUCAUUACACCUACCUUUCCCUCCCUGCUCCCAAACAGCAGCCACCGCCGCCGCGCCACCCUCCUUCGUCGCGCCAGACGCCACCACCACUAUUAUCCAAUCACCUCUCUAUCAAAGACAGAGGCUGGUUCUUCUUGGAGAGAAAACUUAUAGCGGUCAAUGCAUCUUGGGUAAGGGAAUUUUACUGCAAUUACUUCAACACUUCCCUAGAUGCAGUGAUCCUAAGAGGGAAGCAGAUUCUGGUCACUAAAGAGGCCAUUGAGGACAUUUUGCAGCUUCCGCAUAAAUCCGAUCAGCCUGAUGGGUACAAAAAGGCUGAGGAGGACAUGCGUUUCAUGAAAUUUGAUUGGGAUGCUGUCAAGGCAAGGAUAGCCCUUGACCCGACUGUUCCAUGGGAAAUGGGUCAGGAUACCACCAUGCCUAAGGGAAUCAAGUGGAUUUACUUAAAUGAUGAGGCUUGA